AUGGAAAACCAUACAGCAGUGACAGUGUUUAUCUUAGUAGGAUUGACAGAGGACCCCAAAUUGAAGAUCGUGCUGUUUAUCUUCCUGCUUCUCACCUACUUGCUAAGCAUCACAGGCAACUUGACCAUCAUUACCCUCACUUUGCUGGAUUCUCAUCUCAAGACCCCUAUGUAUUUCUUUCUUCGAAAUUUUUCCUUCUUAGAAAUUUCUUAUACAACAGUCUGUAUCCCAAAAUUGCUUGUUAGCAUGGCAACUGGUGACAGAACCAUUUCCUAUAACUGUUGUGCAGCUCAGUUAUUUUUUGCCUUCCUUCUUGGUGCAUCUGAAUUUUAUCUCCUGGCUGCCAUGUCCUAUGAUCGUUAUGUUGCCAUCUGUAAGCCCCUGCGCUAUACUACCAUCAUGAGCAACAAAAUCUGUACCCAGCUAGUCCUUAGCUCUUGGAUGGCUGGUUUCCUCAUCAUUUUCCCAGGGCUCAUUUUAGGCUUAGGCCUGGAUUUCUGUGACUCCAAUAUCAUUGAUCAUUUCUACUGUGACACUGCUCCUCUCCUGCAAAUCUCUUGCACAGAUACACAUUUAUUAGAAAUGAUGAGUUUCGUCUUAGCUUUGGUGACUCUCCUGAUCACUUUGGUGUUAGUGAUUCUAUCAUACACAUAUAUUGCCCUGACAAUUUUGAAAAUUCCUUCUGCCAACCAGAGAAAAAAGGCCUUUUCUACUUGUUCUUCCCACAUGAUUGUCAUCUCCCUCUCAUAUGGCAGCUGCAUUUUUAUGUACAUUAAACCCUCGGUCAAACAGAGGAUAUCCUUAGUGAAGGGAGUUGCCAUUCUCAAUACCUCCGUUGCCCCACUUUUGAACCCUUUUAUUUAUACUCUAAGGAACCGGCAGGUGAAGCAGGCAUUUAAGAACUUGCUGCAAAGAGUUCUGUCUUUAUUCAAGUGA